UUUCCCUAAGCAAAACCUCAACCCAGACACCGACCACAGCAAUCGAAGCAAUUCAUCACGCAGUUUAUUUCAGGUAGCGUCAGAAAUAUAGAAUAUCUGAAUUACAUAAAACAUGUCUGACGAAGGAAGAGUACACCCAGAUUGCAGAAAUGCAUCCAAUCCCUACCAUGAAUGCAGCGAAUAUUGCUUUGCAGUUAUUGCCGAAGCUAAGGCUCGAAUGGAUCAAAACCAAUCAGAUGUGCAAGCCAGUGGCGGUAGUGGAAAAUCCAACUCAGAGGCCGCUGAGCAAGAGGAAUAUGUACAUAAUGAAAAACCAGAUUCUGAAGAACUUGCUGAUGAUGGUGAUGACCAUCCUGAGGAGAAUAUGGAAGGAGACUUCACAAAGUUCACAGGGAGGAAGAAAAAAUUGUGGGAAUUGAGGAUGAAGAUGAAUAAGGCAAGAAAAGACAAUCAAACGGAUAUUGCAGCUGAAAAGAAAAGACUGGAACCUCCACAAGAGUCCAGGGGCAUUUCUAAACAAAAAUGGCUUGAAGAGAGGAAGAAAAGAAUUGGCAAACUUCUAGAUGCAAAUAAUUUGGAUAUGAAAAGCGCAUACAUGCUAGAUACACAAGAGAUGGCAGAGGCAAAAUACAAGAAAUGGGAAAAGGAUCCCGCCCCAGCUGGCUGGGAUGUUUUCAAUCAGAAAACUCUGUAUGAUGCAUACAAAAAGCGAACAAAGAACAUUGAGAUUGACUUGGAAGAAUACAAUAGGAUGAAAGAGGCUGAUCCAGAGUUCUAUCGUGAAGCUUCCAGCCUCCAAUAUGGGAAGGCUCCAAAGAUAUCAGAGGACAAGAUUGAUAAGAUGGUGAAGGAACUCAAGGAUCGGGAAGAGAAGAAGAAUUCAUUUAGCAGGAGGAGGAGGUUCCACGAUGAGAAAGAUAUUGACUCGAUCAAUGACCGGAAUGAGCAUUUUAAUAAGAAGAUUGAGCGAGCCUUUGGUAGAUACACACUGGAGAUCAAAAACAAUCUUGAGCGAGGAACUGCCUUGCCUGACUAAGGUAAACUCAACAAAAUGCACUGUCUUCCGAUGUUUGUCUAAUUGUGUAAUCAACUGACGUAUGGGAACUUAUGAUUCCAUCGCCUUACUUCUGGCAGAUUGGUGCUGGGGAAUUGUAAUAAUACAUGGAAUUUGGGGUGAAAGUGUUUUGUUAUACUCAGAUUUCGUUACAGUUUGAAGUGGCAUAACAAGUUUUCGUGUAGAAACUGAUAAUAGUUGUCCAGUUAACACCGGAAUUUAUCA